UAAGCUUAACACGGCGAGUGGAUCUAUUGGCCACUCCCCCCAUUUUCUUUGCAAUAUUGCUGGUCUUCGCCUCUUGCCUCAGUCCUGUUCUUUUAAAAAUGCUCCUUCUCGUGCCUUGCUUCUGAGUCUCACUUCUUUCAACUGUACACGCUUCUUCUCUGUCUCCUGCGCGACUGCGACCAGAAGCCUGAUCGAACUCUUACAGGUCAUCCCACCUUAAAGUGUACCUUGAUCCCUUGAGAGUCAUCACAUUCGAACUCUUGUUUUCUGCUUCCAUGGUAUGAUUGAUGGCUGUGGUGAUUAUUAUGGCAACGCAAGCUGACCGUGCCAGUCUCACACUCCCGUGUCCAUGGAUGCGCCAUUAGACGGGCUGGCUUGUAUGCACUUCGCCCUCAUCUACAUCGACGACAAUGGCAAAUUACGUUUCGAGGCCUCGCAGUCCAUCGCGAAUAACUGCCAGACGAUCCUCUCUCCCAGCGUGACGGAAAACUUUCUGCGUGCGGUGGCACUGUCGGGCAAAGGUGAUCCAUCCAAAAUGCUCGAAGACAUCAGAGGCAGAAGCCCACUCUCCCCAGAAUCUCCCAGCGCCAGCGAUCUAUCAGCUAAACAAAUGUUCCACUCCACCACAGAACCUCCUCAGUCCAAAAGGAAGCGGGUAUCCCAUGAAUGCCUCGUUCCCAUGAGCAUCACCUGUCACCAGAAGUCCAUGCUGCCCGUGCGCAACACCGGCCUUCUGCGCAGAUACUACGAGAAGGCCUUUGACAGCCUGCAGCAGAUCAAUUGUCGCAUCCUGGCCAAAGCAUACAUCAAGCUCGUGGAGCCCCGGAAACAAGUCAACUAUCCAUACAAUGGACGCAAGAUCAUAUCCGGAUCAUCGCAGCAAUUUGACCCUGAACUGACCAAGCCAGCCUGGUGGCCGGCGGGUGUUACUCACCGUGAACCAGAUCAUCUUCUGAAGGCGGUCGCGCUAACGUUGCAUAUAGAGCGUAUCCGUCUGCUUGUCCAUAUCCUUUGCGAGCUGCGUGAAAGUCACGCUAUCUGCGUGGAGAAACUGAAGGAAGCCGACCAGUCUGUUCGGCGCCAGAUCGCUCCCGUCGAACGCAUUCCUGUGCUCGAUGAGAUCUACCACGUACGAGAGGAGGAGGAACGAUACCUAGACGGUCGAACAGCAACUGCAGAUGGCUCCGCCGUGAUUUGCGUUUCCCGCGUCCACCUCCCCGAGCUCACCGACUCCCAAACUCUGGGCUCACCCACCCAGACCCUCAAGGAAAGCAAUCCCGUCUAUAGAAAGGAAAUUCCUGAUCUCGAAUCACACACAUCCGUCUUCCCGUCCACCGCCACCACAUCCCCGCUCACGUCAAAGCCACCCACAUCGAAGGCGUCAGACCCCUGCAAGCCUCCUAUCCCUACAGCAUGGGAUACCGACGCAUCGGCCUCGUUCGCGCCGCUCAAGCGUCACCGCGAGGGCGACUAUCCUCUCGACCUCACUGGGGGGGCCAUGUUCCACCAGGAGCCGGCAGCGGCAGCGGCAGCGGCCGCGACAACAACCUUGGACGCCAAUCCUUAUUCAAUGAAGUACUACCCACACAGCCAAGCACAGCAGUCCUUACCUGUUAUGGGGCUUUCCGGAGAUCUUGGGAGCUGCACACAUCCAUACUACUUUAAUUAUUAG